UUUUGACGUGCUGGCUGCUGCUAUUUAUAUUAUAAAUUUUAUAAUAUUUUCAUUCACGUUGUUUACCAUCUGAUUUUGGAAUAAAUUUGGAUAUUAGCGGAUUAAAGGGUACAAUAAAUAUUACGCACUAAACAUUUUGAUAUAGAAAAAAUACUCAUUGAUUAUGGAAAAUCUGGAGACAAUAUUUAAAAAUAUUGAAGAGGUAUUAAAAAAUGAAUAUGAAAGAGAAUUUCUCAUCGCUCUAAUAAGUAAAAAAAUUAACAUUACUGAGAAUCAUAGUUUGGAUGAGGAUAUUGUUAAUUUAUUAAAAAGGUUUCUUUAUAAACUUAUCAAAGAUGUUGAUAAUAUGGCUACUAUAAUUAAAGGAAAUGAAAGUAUUUUAAUAAGUGUUAAGAAUCAAAAGACUCUACGAACUUGCUUUCAAAUUAUAACCUCAUUUGGUAUUUCCAAUUGCUUAAUACCUGGACUUGGCCUGAGUUUAUCGAAAAGGUGUAUGACGGGGAAAUCUAUACCUAAAGUUGAAUUGAAUGACGAUCAAAAAUAUGAGGUACUAGUCGAAUGUACUGAAUUUCUUCACAGAAGUUAUACAAUACCAGUACUAAAAAAUAUAAUAUUAACGUUUCACUUAUCGGACUAUUUAGCAGCUUUAAUUCAACUGGCAUUUGCACCUUUAAAGAAGCCAGGUGUGUACAAAAACUUUACUAUGACUGAAGAUAAAUUUAUUAAGCUUAAUACAGAUAGGCAGAAGUUUAUAUCCAUAUAUGAACAUUUAGUUAAUAACUGCUUCCAACCUAUUCUUAUGAAAGAGUUAUUAGUGCUACAGAAUGUUAAAGAAAUUGAACCUCCUGCUUUUGUCAAGAGAGUGAUUGCAAAGGAAAUGAGCCGAAGGUUAAAAGCUCCAGGUGGAUUACUGAGCCUCAUCCGAUGCUUCAUAGAAAGCCAUGAAAUAGAUGUUGGUGUGGACUGGAAGAAAAUUGAUAUGAUCUGUAAAAUUGUUUGCAACAAGCAUGGUGAUGUAACAGAACAUGAAUACUUGAAUAUUAUAUGCAAUCAACUGAGGCAAAUACUCAAUCUAAAUAAUACACAUUAUUUGACAACUGCUGUAUGUUGUCUAUUGAGUUUGUCAACUAAAUAUUCUGAUUCACAGAUCGUAAAAAAUCUUCUACAAGACACACUUCAACCAUUUAAAUAUGACUCAUUAAUAGCACAAAAUGACAAUCCAGGGACAAUAAUAUUUACUACACAAGAAGUAGAACAUAAAAUUUCAAUAUUACAUACUUGUACUUUUAUCACCAAACUAGAUCUACCUUAUGAAAUUUUAGUUACUAACUUAUUCAUACUAUUUAUGCUAUCAAUAAAAUGUUCUAAUAGUGGAUUGCAAAAUAAAUUGAAUGAUAUAAUUUUGAAGAUUUUAGAAUUGGGAGAUACUGUAUCAAUUAGGGAUACAAUAAACAAAUUGUUUAGCAAUAAUUUGUAUUCAGGACAAGUUGGUGUUCUUGCUGAAGAAUACAAUUCAGGCCUUAUACUAAAAUGUGUUUCGACUCCAUUGAAUCACAACAUUGAAGAAAUAUCCCUACUGUUAGUUAAUUUGUUUCAAAAUAGUACAAACAUUAAACUCACAGAAAAUAUAUUUGAGUGCUUUUUGCAAUUAUUCCUUGAUGUAAAUACUAAAAGGAAAAACAAAAGUGAUAGGGAAAAAUUAUUAACUCUAGAGGAUGAGCCAAUUAUCCUCAGUAAUGAUGAUGAAAAAUAUGCUAAUAUAAUUUUAAUUCUUUCUGAAAUAUCUGCAACACCCAAAGCCAUAAAUGUUAUAAAAUCAAAUCCUUCGAUUACAAUAAACUUUAUUGAAAAGUUAUUAUCUCUUGAGAGUAAAGAAAAUGAUGAAUGUGUGACAAUAGCACUAGUUUUGCUCAACUCUGUAUUGUCAGGUAGCAAAAAUGAUAAUGUUAAAACCCAACUAACAGAUAUGUUACCCACACUUGAAAGAAUAUCUAAAAGCAGUGAUCAUAGUAGAAUUUUAUGUAAGGAGAUAUUAUCACAAAUAAAAUGUGAGUACCCACGAAAAUCUGAAACACCAUAUGGAAAGGCUUUAUCAAAUGUGUUGGAUAGCCUCCUGCCUGUUAGAGCACAUGGGAUAAUGGAACUCACAAAGCUUAUUGAAGCUGCAGACCCGGAAACUAUAUCAAAACGGCAUUACGUUUUUUGCUUACUCCAGGAACAACUCAAGGAUUCGGAUUCUUACGUAUAUUUGGCAGCAGUGAAUGGAAUUGCAUCUCUCGCUACUCAUUUUACAGAAGAUGUGUUAAGUUUACUGUGUAAAGAGUUUCUACAAAUCUCUUCUAAAAAGGUUAUUGAAACUCAAGAAGAUCAAUACAAAAUUGCUGAGUUGAGAAUGAAAAUUGGUGACAUUGUUGUUAAAGUGACUAGAAGGCUUGGUGAAAUGGCAAUUGUUCAUAAAACAGAACUUCUUAACACCUUCCUGUGUGGAUGCAGAGAUGAAGAUCCAUUAAUAAGAACUUCAGCAUUAUCUAACUUAGCUGAAAUAGCUCUGGUACUACAUUAUAGAGUUGGCACUAUUAUCUAUGAAAUUCUUCUAUGCAUUUGGAGUAUUAUCGAAACUGAUAAAGCCAUUGAAUGUCGAAGAGCUGCUGUAAUGGUAAUUUCUAGUUUGAUCAAAGGUCUGGGAAGAGAAACAUUAAUUGAACUCAAAGAAAAUUUAUUACCUAUAUACAAAACUUUAUUGAAACUAUAUAAAGACGAAAAUGAGGAUGAUAUUGUAAGACUUCAUGCUCAAAUAUCACUUGAAGAACUGAAUGAUAUUGUUAAAGAAUUUUUGUUCUCUGCAGUUCCUAUGGAAAAGCAAUUUUGUAUUUCAAAUGACUCAAAAGAUAUAAAAUUCAAAUAAAACAAUUUAGUGUCCUCGUCUUUUUCGGACAAAGUUAUUGAAUAGACGGAGCUUCUAUCCGAGAACAUGUCUCUGUUGCGCCUACUGAAAAUACUGCUGCGAGAAAGAGAUGACGCUGUUCCAAUAGAUAUGUUGUCCCUUUCAGCGUGAGGGACCAUUUUCCAUACAAGAAGACCAAUCCCGCCAAAUGCAGUAACUACCAGGAACAUAACCAGUGUUACUUCACCGAACAUACCUAGAAAAUAUAAAAUAUACUUAAUAAAUUUUA